CUACUGCAUGCCCCUCCACUGGAUGAACAAACUACGUAGCGCGCUGACCCCAGAGUUCUACAUAUAAUUAAGAGUGUCCAGCAUUUCUGCAGCCGCUCUUAAAACAAAUAAGCUCGACGUACACUGGUUUCGAAUCUUACCGUCACAUCUAGAUACACCAUGGCUACUACCCCCUCAUCCGUUCCCCAAGAAGCAGACGUCGAAAUACUUUUCAACUACCUAGGCAAACGCUACGAAGACGCCUACCUCGAUAGCCCCAACCUGCAAGACUUCGUUCGCAAUGCAAUCUCCACCCUGGCACCCCACAGCCAGGUCCUAGAUGUCGGCUGCGGCACCGGAAAACCCGUCGCCGACAUGGUCGCCCGCGCUGGACACUCGGUGCACGGAAUCGAUAUUGCAGAGGAGAUGGUGGGGAUUGCUCGCGGGCAGGUACACGGAUCAGAGGCCUGUCCAGCUACGUUUGAGAAAGCCGAUAUGAGAACGUACAUGCCACUGUCGCCGGGCGCAAUAGAUGCCGUGUUUGCGGUAUACUCGCUCUUCCAAAUUUCGCCCAGCGAUACGUACUCCAUGGUUUUCAGGUUUGGGGAGUGGUUGCGGCCUGGCGGGGUUCUUGUUUUGGGAUUUACGCCUAGUUCGGUGCUGGUAGAGGGGCAGGGGACGUAUGAUCCCCUCUGGGACUGUGUGCGAGAGGUAGAGAAGCCGUGGAUGACUCGGGUGACGAAGGAGACGCUUUUGUCUGAAGAGAGAUGGAGAAAAGUGUUGGAGCAGGCGGGGUUUCGUGUCGAGGUAGAGCGGUCGUUUAGGUUUGUGCCAAAGGAUGAGCAGCAUAAGCCUGAGGAAGUACAUUCUCUUAUUCAGGCGAGGAAGAUGGAGGUGGAUUCGUUGUGCGGGCCGUUUCCUUUGCCCGAUAAACAUGUUGUGCUGUCGGACUUGGAUCAACGGGCUUGGAUGGCGCUGCAACACCGGAUUGUCAUUGAAGAAUGGCAGGACCCAAUCUUGGGCCCUACGGCUGAGGACCAGAGGAUUCUUGGACUUGGUGGUGGACUGAGAGCAUUUUUGACCGCUUCCCAGGUGUCAGGCAAAGAAGCCACUCAAUCCCUUCUCGCCUAUCCCAGGAAUUUACCCUUUGCAGAAAAUGAAUUCGAUGCCGUAUACUCAUUCAUGGCGCUCGACACCGUGCCCAAUCUCCAGACUGCCUUGUCAGAACUCGCCCGCGUCACAGACUUAUCCUCCCCCACCGCAAGUAUAACCAUAGUCCAAGCAGCCCCCGACAACGAGGUGACCAGGCUGCUUAACACGCUCAGUCUGCCUUUGAACUCAGAGUCAGAAAGCGGGCAGCAGUAUUCAAGCCACCAGGGAUACCUGCUCCACCUUGCAAAGAAGGUUCUUUCAGAAUGCGGAUUCGGAAGCAUUUCCCUUCACAGGGUCAGAGCCAAAUAUCCUUUUCCUGGACAUGAUCCUGUUUUCGAAGCGGCAGAGGCAGUGGCUGCACCUUGGUUUUGUGGUGGCAAGAACCUCGCUGAAGCGAAGAAGGCUCUGGCGCCGCAUUUACGGAAUCUGUUUAUCGAGCAUCCAGGCGUGUUGAAGAAUGAUUUGGCUAUGCUUGUUGCGAGGCCGACGCAGAAUUAGGAAUUUGGUUGCUGCUGCUCAAGUUGUGGAGAGAUCUAAAUCCUAGAGAGCUUGUGAUGUUGAUUUUACUUGCUCGUUGUAUGUAUUGUCAUGUAUUUGAGGAUACGCUACUCUUUGUUUGGUAUGUAGACUUCCUUAUAUAGACUAGCUGUGUUAUAGCUAUGUAUUCCUCUGUAG